AUGGUUGCAGCAAUAAUGGCGCAGUCGUCGGGUGCGCUGCUUUGGAAGAUAAUACUGUUGGCUCAGAUUGUUGGCAGUGCGUAUGGAUCCCUGCUGGCAACUCCUUCCAAGUUAGAUGAAGACAUCGCCUCAACGUUCCUGCCAAACGAACGUGAAUCUGUUGACGAUUGUCAUCUGCGUUACUACAAAUUCGGACAUGGACCAGAACCGUUGCCCGCCUUCGGAAGGCCAGCAUAUUUGCGCGAAUUCGCUCAUAUGGCCGCCGUAGGAUGGACAAGAGAAGGUGGCAAAAUAGAGUGGAGCUGUGGUGGAUCACUGAUUUGGGAGAAUUAUGUUCUAACGGCGGCCCAUUGCGCAGCGGACGAUAAUACUGUCGAACCCGAUGUGGUUCGCCUUGGUGAUAUUAAUUUGUACGACGACUCGGACAACCAGUACGCGCAGCAGCUUAAGAUUGUCGAAAUUAUACGUCAUCCGGAGCAUCGGUUUAGCUCGCGGUACCAUGAUUUGGCGCUGCUUCGCCUGGAGAAGAACGUACAACUGCACGACACAGUGGCUCCCGGAUGUCUGUGGAACGAUGAGGAGAUUCCCUUCCCAUCGAUGGAAGCUACCGGUUGGGGUUCUACUGGGUUCGGUCAAGCGAACACUCCCAUAUUGCUGAAGGUAUCGCUGAGCGUUGUACAGAAGACGGUUUGUGAUCAACAUUAUCGGAAAGGUGAUCGCGGGUUAAAGCAGGGUUUGCAAGACUAUCAUCUGUGCGCUGGGGAUGUAAAAAUGGACACCUGUCCGGGAGAUUCCGGUGGACCACUACAGAUGAAGCUGCUUUCCAACGCACAGAUGACACCGUUCAUAAUAGCCGUUACCUCUUUUGGUGGCAUUUGUGGACAAUCCAUACCGGGAGUGUACAUGAAGGUGUCUCCCUACAUACCCUGGAUAAGUUCGGAACUGGCAAAACGUGGAGAGAAGAUAGAGGAAUGGAGCUUUAAACCUUACGCGUGCGCCUUACGGUACGUAUACCUGAGAGAGUACGAGGACGAUGUAGUGUUGGGCAAAUCGGAAAGUUUCGAGACGCUAGAUUCCAGUAAGGCUCACAUGAACAUCAUCUCAUCAAAGCAAACCGUUAAAAUACACUGGCCAACGGGUACGAAGGGUCCAGUCGACUGUUACGGCGUAGUCAUCGAUGAAGAUACCGUUGUAACGCUUGCUCAAUGUGCUAUUUUCCAAAGAAUGCCAGCGUCACAUAUCAUUUAUGAAAAUAAUACACGAAACAAUGUAGUUAAAGCACACCGCCAUCCCCAGUAUAGGCCAAACUCCUUCUACAACAAUUUGGCCAUUCUAAAAGUACAGGAUAGAUUCAAGUUUUCAUCAAACUUUGUUCCUGCAUGCAUCUGGAGCGCAUUCAAUCUUCCUGAUCCCCGAUUCUACGUCACCGGACAGGGUCGGUUAGAUUUAAACCAGUUUAACUACGGAUCUAGUUCGAUAACGGAAUACAAGCCACAGAUUGUGCAGCUAUCGCCGAGAGCCGACAUUCAUCUGCAGACUAACUGUAGCGUCCCGGAAGAAUAUCUUUCCGGUCUAACGAACGGGCUCGCACGGGAACAUCUAUGCUUCGGUAAUAAACCAUUCCUAGUGCCGGAGUCUUGUCAAAUGUUAAUUGGAGCACCUCUGAGGCGCAACAUUUGGCGUAUGGGGCGUCACUUUGAGCACAUCUACGCGCUGAACCAGUUCGGCAAAGAUUGUGGUUUUGGUCGGUCAGCUGUUGGGACCCGGUUGGGACCACAUCUCGAAUGGAUAAAGUCAGUGCUGCUGCCCAACUACAAAGCGUCAGACGAUGCGGUAUACUUUAUAAACACAGACUUACAUGAGUACGAUCGAUGUACGGCACCCGAUGGAAGCGAGGGACUGUGCACGAAUGUUCAACGAUGUCCGAAGGUUGCGUACGAUGCCCAGACAAAUAGGAAUGUACGAAUUUGUAAAGCUGGCUCACUGGUGUGUUGUCCGUAUGAGUAUGUUAGAAAUGUAACGCGUGCUAGUGCCAUCGCAAGCGAGCUGGACGAUUGCGAGAACCGUUAUCGGAUGUUCCACGAAAAAUACGAAUAUUGGCAAAUGGAUAGAAUCGAACAUUACUAUCAUACGGUUUUCCUCGGAUGGGAAAAAAAUGGACAAACGCAGUGGGAAUGUUACGGUACAUUAAUUUCCCGCAGUUUGGUGAUUGCGUCUGCCUACUGUCUGACGGGUUCGGGCACACUACCAACGUUAGUCAAUAUUGGACAGGGAAAUGUUAACGAAACCUGGACCAAUCCGAAGAUAGUCCGUGUACGAGAAGUAAUUGUCCAUCCAAACUACGAUUCUACCACUCUACUGCACGAUGUUGGACUGUUACGAUUGGAUCGGGAUGUUGUUCCGACGGCACGCAAGUAUCCGAUCUGCUUGUGGCAAAAUGAAACCCAUACACCGUUCCUUCUCUACAGCACUAUUAUAGACAAAGGUGUAUUGAAGUUUGUCGAGAACUAUCCGAAGUACAACCGCGAUUGUCAGGAGUAUCUAGGUGUACCAGGAAGUCGCAAAUUACGCUCGACCGAGCUGUGCACGGACGUCGACUCGAACGAUCCACGCUCGCUAAGCGGAGAUCCGCUUAUCUGGUACAAACGUAAUACGGCCGAUAACUCCUCGACGCAGUAUCUGGUCGGUCUCAUAAGCUACGGUCGCACGCAGGAUCAGUUGCACGUGCACACACGCAUAUCCUCGUAUGUAGGAUGGAUUAAAAGUGUUGCCUAG